CAAAGUUACCAAACACGAAAGAUAUUUUCCUUCUACAUUAAUUUCUAAGCUAAGAGAGGUAGAGGAAUUCUACCCUCGAGGAGAAUUGAAAAGAAAACAGAAGUUCCACAACAAACUUGUCGGCCGCCAUUUUCAGCCGUUUCCAUGACUUCACCAACCUCAUUCCCAGGGUCCUCUCUCUACCUCUACCCUUAGGUAGAGAGAGGACCCUGGGAACAAGGUUACGACUUCACUGGUUAGCCUGGUUACCUGGCCUGGUUACAUAGCCGUUCGAUCACGUGGAGAAACUUUCAAAAUGGCGACUGUCGAAGAAGAAGUUGAGAGUGAAAAAGUUACUUUUGAAUCCCUGGGUGUGGUGGAUGUUCUCUGCGAAGCAUGCCAGCAACUUGGUUGGAAGUCGCCAACAAAAAUUCAAAGGGAAGCUAUCCCGGUCGCUUUGCAAGGCAAAGAUAUUAUUGGUUUAGCUGAAACAGGUUCAGGGAAGACAGGAGCUUUUGCUUUGCCAGUUCUUCAAACAUUACUUGAAAAUCCACAGAGACUAUAUGCACUUAUUCUUACACCAACAAGGGAACUGGCGUUUCAGAUUUCUGAACAGUUUGAGGCAUUAGGUUCAAGUAUUGGGGUGAAGUGUGCUGUUAUUGUUGGUGGAAUAGAUAUGAUGUCACAAGCACUCAUGUUGUCCAAGAAGCCACAUAUUAUUAUAGCAUCACCAGGAAGGCUCAUAGAUCACUUGGAAAACACAAAAGGAUUCAAUUUAAGAACAUUAAAAUAUUUGAUUAUGGAUGAAGCUGAUAGAAUCUUAAAUCUUGAUUUUGAAAAAGAGGUUGACAAGAUAUUAAAGAUCAUUCCCAAAGAAAGGAAAACUUAUCUGUACUCGGCAACUAUGACCAAAAAGGUAGAAAAACUUCAAAGAGCAUCUUUACAAAAUCCGGUUAAAGUUGAGGUUGCAACAAAGUAUACAACAGUUGAUAAGUUACAACAGAGUUAUCUAUUUAUCCCAAACAAAUUUAAGGACUGUUACCUUGUAUCUGUGCUUAAUGAACUGGCUGGAAAUACCUUCAUGGUCUUUUGUGGUACAUGCAAUAACGUGCAGAGGGUAACAUUAAUGUUAAGGAAUCUCGGCCUGCAAGCUGUUCCUCUUCACGGGCAAAUGAAUCAGUCUAAAAGGCUCGGCGCUUUAAACAAGUUCAAGUCUAAGGACCGUUCUCUUCUGAUCGCUACCGAUGUGGCUAGCAGGGGACUGGAUAUUCCUCAUGUGGAUGUUGUGAUUAAUUUUGAUAUACCAACACAUUCCAAGGAUUAUAUUCAUCGAGUUGGACGAACAGCAAGAGCUGGUCGCUCAGGACGCUCUAUCACUUUUGUCACACAGUACGAUGUUGAAUUAUAUCAACGAAUCGAGCAGCUUAUUGGAAAGAAGCUGCCACUGUACCCCACGGUGGAGGAGGAAGUCAUGUUACUGAUGGAGCGAGUCACGGAGGCACAGAGAUAUGCGAAGAUGGAGCUAAGAGAGAUUCAAGAGAAAAAGAAAAGACCCUUGGAAGAUGAAGCCGACAGCCAGGAGAUCAGAAUGCCGAGCAAGAAAAAGAAGUUUGCCACUGGCAAGAAGAAGGGGAAGAAAUUUAAAUAACCGACGCUUUAUGGGAUGACAUGUGCAAUGGUACAUUCUUUAUUGCCACGAAGUACUAUCCCCUCCACCCACAGCUUGCUGGUCGCGUCUGGCGUGCUAGCCACGAGUUAUAAUAGAACUUGAAGAUCACAUGCUGACGCCUAUAGCUAUUCGCAAUGUCAGUUGUGGCUUUACAUGUGUGAAGUUGUGGAGAUUGACAGUUGUUUGUAUAUGUACAAAACAAGUGACAAAACUGGUGAACAACUUUCAGUUGAAGCCUUUUUUCUCCGUGACUUCACAAACGUAUUGAAAACGUAUCAUGUAAACACUCACAUCCAAACCUGAAAUUACUGAAACGUGUAGUUACGAAAGUUUGCACGCUCUUGCUUCUCAAUUACAACACGAACUUCCGCCAA